AUGUUUAGUUAUGAUGAAAAAGAUAGACUUCGGUGUCGCUUAAACUGCAUGUGGUAUGGAUUUAGGACUGAUGAUUUACGAAAGCAGCAUUACAAAAAGCAGCAUUUUAGAUGUGCAUAUUGUGAGAUUGCCUUUUUAGAUAUUGAAGAUAGGAAUCGUCACCAAAAUAACGAGCAUAUCAUAUUUCAAAGCGAAUGUCAAUGCCCGUUGUAUUUUAGAACAGCAAAUCUAGCUUAUUAUCAUUGGAAUGUCAAACACAGGUUUACUUGUGAAUGUUGUGGCAAAUGGUUUGAUUCAGUUGAGGAGAGAAAUGUUCACGAGGAAGCCCGUCCAAAGUGUAUACCUUGUGGUAUAUCCUUCAAAACAGAUGACCAACUAACGUCUCAUAAUAAAGAUAUUCACUCAUUUGCAUGUGAAUAUUGUUAUGAUUUGUUUGACUCCAUCAAGGCGAGAGAUAUCCAUUUUAAAGAACAUUUUUUCGUGGAGUGUCAGGUAUGUGGUAGUAGAUUCAAAACAUAUGAGGAGGCAAUUCCGCAUGCAAAUAAACAUUUAACGUGCAAAUUUUGUGACGUUUUGUUUCUGUCCAUAAAUGAGAAAAAUAUUCACGACAAAGAAGAACAUUUAAAAUGUGAGUGUCCGAAUUGCGCUACAUUUUUUACAAAAGAUAAUAAACUGCAACAGCAUAUUAAAGCUGAACAUGAUUCAGCGUUUUUAUGCUCAUAUUGUGAUGAUAAGUUUGAGACAAAGGAGAAAAGAAAUCAACAUAUAGAAGAGAAACACUAUUUUUAUAAAUGCAGGGAUUGUGAAUUCUCCUCCUCUGUUUAUGGAAUCCUUUGUCAGCAUGUGAAUGUUAAACACUGGAUUAAAUGUAAGUAUUGUUCUGUGAAUUUCUGGCCAGAGGAGGAACUAAAUGCUCAUUGUAUUUAUCACAAGUGCCAACAUUGCGAUUUAUUCAUCAGUGGGGCAAUAGGCAUGGGUAACCAUAACAGAAGUAAACAUAAGUUUUGGUGCGAACAUUGUAAUAAUUGGUUUACAACAGCGCAAGAGAGAGACCAUCACGAACGAGAAGUACAUGAACCAUUUAAGUGUUACCAUUGUGAUAGUUCUUUUAAUGAAAGUGAAAAUUUGCAGAUACAUAUUGAAGGUAAACAUGAUUUAAGAUGCCAAUAUUGUGAUGAUUCGUUUGAAAGUUUUGAACAGCAAAAUAUCCACGAUAUCAGCGUACAUCUAACAAUUAAGUGCCCUUAUUGCGAUAAAUUGUUUAGAGAAGAUAAACACCUACAACCGCAUAUUAAUAUCAAUCAUUAUUUUGAAUGCCGAUAUUGUGAUGAAACAUUUUCAUACGACCAAGAAAGAUCAUUUCAUGAGAGAUGCAUACAUCUUACAAUUGAGUGCCCACAUUGUGAUAGGUUAUUCAAUGAAGAAAAAGAUCUACAAAAGCAUAAUCCACUUUGUAAAAACUUAUAUGGUAAUAAAUCCCAUACAUCUGGUAAUGCGAGUAAUUUGAAUUCUGUUAAGUGUCCAAAUUGUAUUAGAUUGUUCAGCUCAGAUCAGCAGCUAGAUACUCAUAUUCAAAAUAAACAUAAUUUUCAAUGCCCGUAUUGUAAUCAAGGGUUUAAAUCUUCUGAGGAGGUAAAUUCCCAUGAUAACGACGUUCAUUUAACUAUUAAAUGUCCACAAUGCGAUAGUUUAUUUAGAUCAAAUGAGCUACUUCGUCUGCAUGUUAAACUAACACAUAAUUUUGAAUGCUUAUAUUGUGAUAAAUCUUUUAAAUCUCUUCAAGAGACAGAGGCUCAUGAUAGAUGGGUACAUGUAAUCACUGUAUGCCGACGUUGCAAAAAGUUCUUCAGGGAAUAUAAACAGUUAAAUGAACAUAAUAACCUCAAACGACAUUAUUGGUAA